UUCUAAAUUUGGAAUAGGCUUUUUUGCUGAAGAUAAUUAUAAAGAUGAACUAUCUCUUUUUUUUGAAAAUAUUGCUAAAUGUAACUCAUUAAUGGAAUAUGAAAAUGAAUCAGUUACAGAAAGCUUUUUUAUCGAAGAUAACCAUGAAGACGAACUACCUGUUUUUCUUGAAAAUAUUGCAGAAUAUAACCUCUUAGUAGAACAAAACAAUAAUUUCAUGAUAGGGCGUGAAAGUAUUAUAGACCUUGCGCAGCAUAGUGAAGUAAUAAAAAAUGAUGAAAUUUAUACAGAAGAUAGUCAAAAUUCAGACAUAGAGUUAGAAAAUGUUACUCAUAUUAGUGUUGCCAUUUCUAAUCAAGUAAUUGAUUCAACUCAACAGCAUCAGCGACCAUCUAGAAAAAUUGGGUGUUCAUGGCACAUUAAUUUAACAAAUCCUAAAGCUUCAUUGGUAAUUGGUAUCACAAGUAUUGUUGAGCAGCACAAUCAUUUUAUGAUACCUGACAUAAGUUUAUAUGCUCCCAAGUAUCAUAGAUUAUUAGAAGAUAUAAUAGAACAGAUUAUAUUCUAUAUUACCAAGGGAAACAUAGGAUCAAAACAAAUAUAUCCUCUAUUGGUUGCAAGUUUCCCAGAUUGUAUAAUAUAUAAGCAGGAUCUUUAUAAUGCCAUUCAAAAAUUUAAGUCAUCUCUUACCAAACGUCAAGGAGAUGCUUAA